GUUCUUAUUUUGUGAGGAGAAGGCGAGAACCACUUGUAACUUCCUGUCCUGGGUGUAAAAAGCAGAAUAAAGCGUGUGGGGGGUUUACAAACACCGCAGAAACAUCACCAACAUGAAGCGGAUUCUAAGACACGUCUUACAGACCUGCGUUCUAUGGCUGCUUAUCGGCCACACACAGUCAUCAGACCCAGAUUCUGUGUGUAAUAACUGUUACCACAUUGACAACGUAACAUUGGCCGGCGUGAUCAUAGGCGACGUCCUGUUAACAAUAAUUAUAAUCUUGAUUGUAUAUUUUUGCACUAAGCAGACCUUCCAAAAACGUGCAGCUUCUGAGAAGAAAAUUUACAUGAACAUGCCGACCAGAUAGAUGCCGCCAUUGGCUCCCAUAUCUUCUACUGACAGAAACCAUUUUUGUUUUAUUCCAUCUCUGGAUUCUACAAACAGGACUUGGAUACACCAUUUUUCUGAUUUAAGAAGGCGCUAUCAGAGCCCAUCCAGCCAACCAAGCUCUUCUAGAAGACACAGCAGGUCACCAAACUAUAGAUAUUGGUGAUUUCCGUACCUUAGCUAUAGCACAAGUAGUGUCAGUCAAUCAUAAAUGCUGUAUAGAUCCAGUUACAGCGCAAGCACAACCUUAAUACACAAUAAUUCAUCAAUGAAGACCAGGUACUGACAGUCACUUCUUUCAUGCCAAGGCUGGUGUCUAAUCAAUCUGAGUAUUGGUGGAGUCCAUUAAUGGCCAUUUAUCAUGAUUAAGCUGACUUUGCUUGUGCCAUCUCUGCUAAGCCUGCAUUGUAGAAAAUCCAGAACAUCACACUCACCUUUAAGAAACAAGUCACAGGAGAUAAAGUCCACCAACGCUGGUCCUACAGAAUUUCAGGGCACGUCCUCUAGAGUCACGAAAAUGUAUUCCAGGGGUUUGUGUUAUCCAAGAAGAAAGGGGUUCAUUGGAGAUGUUUGAUCUACACAACUAUCUUGACCAAUGGUGGACAUGUCAUUAAUCUGAAAGAAAGUCAUUUCUCUUUGAUAAAUCCCAGUCAUUCAGCUGUUAAUUCCAGAAAUGUUCUAUAAACGUUAUAUUCUUAGAAUGGUUUAAGUAAUAUUUGUUUCUGUUAAUUUUAACCUCCUAACAAUAACUCACAAACCCUGCAACCCAUGGUAAUAUAAAUUAAAUACAUAUUUAGAAACAUUUCUGUGAUUAUUCUACAGCUGUACAUUUGUAUAAAUAUAUAGUCCUGAAAAUAAAAAUUGGGCUAAUUCAGUUUUUACUUUUUUAUUGUUGAUUUUCCAAAAUAUAUAUAUUUAAUAAAGUUACAUUUAAUGCAUUUGUUUAUUCUACAUUACGCCAUUAACACAGUGAUUUUCCAAGGAUAGUAGACCUACUAAAUACCAGUCUUUUAUUUAGUUUUUAUCUUCUUUCACCAUUCACAAAUAAAGACUUAGGUGUAUUCUAUAUAAUCAAUUAUUUAUGUUUACUUUACAUAUAAACAGAGCAGGUAAACCUGAUUGACAUUUUAA